UGAAAAAUGAUAAACUGUGAGAUACCUAUAUAAGUCAAACACCUGAAGACUAAGUAGUGUGUGUUAGAAUAUUAUUGAUUGUGAUUAAUCAGAAUUACUUGUAGCAUUUUCCCCCAUCAUUUAAAUUUGAUCAACUCCUCGGUUCUUUCUCCCGCCUCUAAUCCUUAAAAUUUCCUCGUUCUUUUUCUCUCUAAUCCUACCAUGGCGGAUAAACAAAUUAUUGCGAACAAUGAACGACAACAACACCAGCGACAACCCCAACAACCCCAACAACCACCAAUACUGGGUUAUCCAGGUCUCAAAUUUGAUCCCUGUGAUCAUGAACUCAUUAAAAACUUUCUCGAGAAGAAGAUCAACGGCAUUGAGUUGCGCUAUAAUCCCAUGUAUGAAGUUAAUAUCUACGAAUACCAUCCUCGAGAUCUUACUGAAAGAUGCAACCCACAAGGAAAGAAUGAUGUAUGGUACUUUUUUACAACAAGGGAAAAAAGGAACAAGUUUGGGGUCCGUCCAGCUCGGAAUGUCGGAGAUAAUGGAUUCUGGAAAGCUAUGGGAUCUGAUAUAAAAAUCAGGGAUGAUGUUGAUGAGAAUAAAGUGAUCGGACUCCGAAAGUCUUUGAAUUACUUCGAAGGAAGACAGUCAGGUGUUGACAAGAGUGAGACGACCACAGAGUGGAGGAUGCAUGAAUAUCAAACCAUAGAUCAAGUUGAAUCCUCCAAAGCCAAAAUCGAAGAACAAAAAAGGAACAGACAUGCACCUACCAGUAUGAGGUUGGAUGUUGUGCUAUGCAAAAUCUUUUGCAAGAAGGAAGCAGCCUGAAAGCCGCCAGCAGAUAAAAAAACAGUACAAGUUACAGAGAAGAAAGCUGCGACAAGAGUAAACUCAUCUGGGAAGGGCAAGGGGAAAGUCAAAGCAGACGAUAAUAACCCACCAAAUAACCAAAUUGAACUGCCUGUAGCUUCUGAAAUGAAGAAUAGCAACCAAGUGUCUAAGUACAACACUGGCUGCUAUCAUAGCGCAAACUCCACCGCCGCCACCACCACCACCGAAUACAACGGCGAAGCGGGGUCACUUGGUUUCUGUAAUAAUCUCGGCGGCAUAAAUUUCAACAACCCGACGGCGGUUUAUAGUGGCGGUGUUGAUUAUUUUCAAGGAGUGCAGCAAUUCCCAGCACCUUAUGAUCAACCUUAUCCUCCAAUAAUAAUGCGACAACAACAACCCUUUCAUGAUCCAUCAACAACAACACAUGGAGGUGCAACCGAACAAGCAGGCAAGGAGGAAGAGAGUGAUGGAAGUUCUGAUGAGGAUAUUUACGAGGUGAUUCUUAAUGAAUUAAACAUGUAAUAGACACCGAUCCAAGAACCAUAGUUAUGUCUUGCUGGGUAAGGGUAGGGAAGAGUUUUAUCGUAGAACAACUUGGCAAAAUUGUUUUGUUAGUUUAUAAAGAGUAGUUUUAUUACGAACAAAACUUCAUGUCAUUAUAAUGCCGUGUUGCUAAGAGAGAUUUUUAAUAGCUACCACGUAGUUACUGUAGUUGUUUUCAAUCAAGUAAACCUUUUAAAAUUUUGGAGAUUAA